AUGAAGAGGCAGCAGCCGGCCGCACCUGGCCGCCGACACCCAAGCCAGGAGGUGGCGAGGAAGGAGCCCCGACCUCGCCACCACCGGAAGGACGAAGAUGGGAAGGAGAUCCCUGCACCAGUGGCACCGGCUCUCCCUGCUUCAUUCCCCUCCCUAGCGCGAUCCAAAUCAUCAGCGGCGGAGGAGACCGCUGGGGCAAAGUUCGCCUCGCUCCCGCCGAUGGUGUCGCGUCGCGGGAGCUCCGUGACGUGUUCGUGUCGAGCCUUGAGGACGAUGUGCUGUGGAGCUGCCGAGGGCUGGGCAUCGGCGGGGGUUGCGAGCGACAACCGGUCACCCGGCGGUUUUGAUUGGAUCCCGUCCUACGUGGAGGUGAACGCGACGCCCUUGAACGAUGCGCCCAAGGCGCUGGAGGCAAUACUGAUGGCCGCCGAACAAGAGUCGGUGUUGACGACCGACCAAACCGCUACCACCGCAGCUCCUCGUCCGGCAGGCAGGUUUGCGGGUCAGCCGCCGCCCUCGGCGGCACUGGCGCCGCAAGAGCCGAUGAUAUCCCAGAUGCUCCCGAGUCGCGCAUCUUCCCCGAGUGUGGUGUUCGCCCAGCGCAGCCCGGGUGCCGGCGGCGGCUACCGCGGCGGCGGCGAAAGCAGCGACGGGUUGCCAAUCUGGGCAAAAAUCAGCGAAGACGACGAACCCAUCGUCGUCAACGUGCUCCCCGCAGCAAGCGGCAGCAGCAGCAGCAGCAGCAGCGGAAUGCUCCAGAACUCUCUCGGAGGAACAAGCUAUUUGAAGGCCGCCGACUGCGGGGACGGCGCGUGCAACCCUAUCUCGGCGUGGACACCGGAGCCUGUCGUGGCCGGCGCUUCGGCGCUCCUCGUUGUGCUCUCCGACGCAGACUUCUUCAGCAGCGUCCGCAGCGAUACUCUGACGGGCAUGGUGCCAAGUUCUCCUCCUGCUGCCAUGCCGACGCUCGUCGCCGAUGGAUUCUGGCACUCUGAAAUCACCGCUACUGACGGUGCUCUCUCGAAGAACCAACGUCACUAUUCCCACCGCCAACAGCAACAACAGCAGCAGCAGCAGCGUCUCGCCCUCGCCCCGCCUGAUAUCCGUGGCUUGAUCAAAGAGCUUGUUGGUUUUAUUGUUGCGUGAUCGGUCGGGUGGUGACCUCAUCUCUCCCUUGCUGAACGUGGUUGAUGUGCCCACCGAGCCAGACUUGUUUCGUAAGAUUCUUACUUUCGAUCUUAGUUAACACGACCAGGAUAAAUAGUCAUGGUUGGGUGUGUUGCUUUUGAUGUUGUGGCACUACGUGUAGCAAGUAGGUGGGUUGAUGCAGGAAGCCCACGUUACUACAUUGCUUGCUGUUUUCAGUAGCCCUUUUGGGUGACAUUUGGUGCAGCCUAGAAGUAGAUUUCAGUUGUUUGUUUUUUAUAUGUUGUUGGUAUUCGGUCGUGUUCCAACAGGUGUGAGUCAAAUCACUCUUCUGCUGUUGUGAUCGCCC